AUGACGAGCCCGUCGUCAAGCUCGCCACUGCCUUCGACAGCCAGCGUGGCCGAGGUGGUCGCAGGGAUUUCUCAGGAGGAUCGCUUCGACAACACAAGGAAAUUCCAAGCGAUCGGAGACAUGAUCCCGACCUUGGACGGCGCUGAGCUCCAGCAGGCCGUUGACAUGAUGUACCUCCUUGUCCCUUCGAUGUCGCUGGCUUUCACCAGCGAGCCCGAGGGCAAGGGUGAAUGGCUGCACGCCCGCGACCCCCUCAACGACAGGGGCGACGCCGCCACGGUGCAGGAGCGCAAGGCAAGUGUGGAGGCGAAAGGUAUCUUCACUGGAUUGCGCUCAGGAGCUUGGUGCAGGCCGCAGACUAAUACGCUGGUAGUGACGCCGCAGACCAAGAUGUAUUUCAUGCACUGGGCUUCUCUGAUGGAGGGGUUGAAAGAAGCUUUCGAAGACGCUGCCAACAGCAACAACAGUAAGGUGCUCAACUCGGUGAUGACAGGCAUUGCCAAUUGCAAGGUCUACAGGUACGACAUGCCCGACCACGUCGUCAGCUACGUCGUUGGCCUGGGCAACGAACAGAAUGAGGAAGCAGCCGCGAUGCUAUUCCUGCAAGUCUACCGCUCCACCAUCCUUGCGAACGCCUCGUGGAAGAGGAAGGCGGACGGUGCGCACUGGACGAACAAAUCGCUUGGACAGGGUCUGUGCGAGUCAAAGAAAAUCGACCAUGUGAGCAAGAUGUUCAAGGGCGGGCUUCGCUGGGUGAACGACGCCACCCUGUGGACUACCUACAAUAAAUGGUGCAUGCAAAAUUGCGACUUCAAGUGGGCCCAAAGCGAGAUGAAGAACGCCGUGAUCUUCAAGAACAACUCUCUGGUCCUGAAAACGUUCGCCUGGUCAAGCCCCGAACGCGCCAUGGACGCGUUGAAGUGCAUGCUCCCGCGGCUCCAUAGCAAGAACAAGUGCGGCAUCACCAUGGUUGGGAAGAGGUACGUCGAGCACGUCACUGAGGAAACGCUUCUCGGCCUCACGAGCAAAGUGAGCAAUGACAAGAUCAAGCAGGUCCUCUCGGACGAGAUCAUGAAGCAGGGGAAGAAGGCUGCUGCUGCGGCAAAGGAGGCGGGGAAGAAGGACAGUUCCACCGCCAGGAGGCAGAAUUCGAGCCCGACUCAGACAGUGGCGGACCCGUCUGGAGAGCUCAACCAGGAUUGCAUGCACGGGCGGAUCGGUUGCUUGAUCGCCCAAUUCUCGGAGGUCUUCCGCAUGAGCAGCAACGAGGUCGAUAUCAUCAAGGGCAUUUGCUUGACGGCGGCCCUCGAGGGCCAGGUGACCCUCGCCAUCCAGGAUGGGAAGCCCAAGGUGUACAAGUCUUGGACGAGCCUGCGGAAGGUCAUCAGGAAGUACGCCGCUUCGGUGAGCGGGGUUGUCACCGAUCGCGACAUCGACGACGACGGCGAUGAGGAUGAUGACGAUGAUGCGGACGAUCGCACCAUCGAGAGCUGGUCAGAGGGCGACGCGAUCACCUACCUGACGACGGAGGCUAACGUCACCAUGACGAAGACCGCGGUCGCCUUCUUCAAGCAGAACGUCACGUCGGAGAUCCACGCGGCGAAGCCCGAAGAGCAGCACAUCAACGACAGCACCCUCUUGGACAUCGUCAACGGCCACGCUUGGGCAGCUAUUGCAUUCGUGCUAUCCGACGAGCUCGUGACCGCCCUGGGCCAGCUGGAACUCCUGAGCGCCAACGAGAAGCUACGCGCCGCCAUCCAGACGGAUAACUGCUCGUCGGAUUUCUCGCAGCUGAAGGAGAUGGGCGUCGGCCGUCAGGGAGUCAGGGCCAUGCGGAUCAAGUACUGGCUGCUGGUUCUCACUCGCGUUGGCGCCAUUCCCUUCAAAGGCGUGCCCGCCAACUCCGUUAACGCCUGCAUGCGCGCCAUCUUGCCGUCGGAGUUCAUGCAUUUUGUCAACGACGCGCUGCUGACGAACGGCACCGCGCCCGACGAGCUGCUGAAGAUCGCGGACGGAUCGGGCCUGAGCGACAUUGCAUUCCUCAAGGCCACUGCGAAGGAGCUUCUUCGCGCCUGCGAGUUUGUUCAGACUCAUAGCUCCACGGAGUUCCAGAUGAAGCUGAACACGUACAAGCUCGUCUUGGAGAGGGCUUCGACCGCUCAUAUCAUGAAGGAAGCCGAGAGGUACCAGGUGGCUUGCCCGAACUUGUCCAUAUUCGUGGCUGAGAAGGCGGCCGCGGUGCGCGGUCUCGUAGCCGCCUCCGAGCAGCGACACGUGGACGAUAAGGCUGCCAGUGAGCUCGCGGCCGCGGGUACCUCAGAGGCGGCGCUACUGCGGCGCAUCCAGGCGGCCUUCGCGUCGACGCUCAAGGUGGGGCACUCGCCGAGCAAGAAGCGCGCUCGGCAGUCUGAGGCGAUUGUUCCAGUUCCAGCUGAGGGCGACGAUGCGCCUGGAGAGAUCGAUAUCAGUUCAGUUUUUUUGAGAGCCAUGUCCGACGAGGCGGCGCCAGAGGGCGACGGCUCCUUCGACUAUGCCAGCUGCGGCGUUGUCACCAAGCUGCUGUGCAGCAAGCUCCAGGCCGAUGUGUUCGCGAACGCAGCGUCGGGCAACUGGCUGAAGGGCUUGGGCGGAGUCUUCUUCGAGCUGGGCACCGACAAGCAGGGGGCCCCCAAAGUGGUGGACAUCUUCCAGCGCCCAGGUUGGCUGGUCAAGCCGACAAGGGUCAGGCCAGCUCCGAAGCCGAAGGCCAUGCCCAAAGGCAAAGCCAAGGGCAAGGCCAAGGCGAAGGACGCUAGCGCUGGCGCCUCUCUUGUCGCCGAGCUGUCCGCUGACAAAGCUGAGAGCGUAGUCGCUGAGAUUGCGACCCACCGCGUCGAUCACGAGGAUUGGCACAUGACCAUCCAAGUGUUCGGCAAAGAUGUUUCUUUCACGUUUCAGAAGCCGCGUUUGGUUCAGAUCGCUUCAGGGGUGGAGGAGGGCGCCCCCCUGCGGAGGAGCCUCGAAGCGAUCGAUACGAACCCGCACUACUUUGCUGCUGGCGACUCGGCGGCGGCGGGCGGGCAGAAGCAGAACACUAAGAAGCCCCGCUUGUCGAAGCAGACGUGUUUCGCAAACAAGUGA